GAGAAAAAUCUCUGCUAGCAGAGACGGGGUCCCGACCAGGACACUGUGGGGCCAGUUCUGGGGUUUUUGUGGACUGGAAAAGAGAAGGAAUGUGCUUAGUCCGCGGGCUGUCUUGGCUAACGCUUGAUUCAGCUUGACCCGGGAACCAAUCAGGAGCUGAAAUGAUGAUUCAUAGAUGCUGCUUAGCGUGGCCCAGGACCUAUCAGAAGCUGCAGUGAAAGUUUGGCCCCGGACCAAUCAGGAGCUGAGGUCCUGAAUCACAGAACCCGGGCUUAUAGACCUAAUAAAGGACAGUAGAGCGCCCACCGGACCUACCAGGGCCCACCGUGCCCUUGCCCACAAAAGGAGAAGAAACUUUUCCUGGGAACCUGCUGACUAUACAAAGGACAAAGGCGUUUCUGUGCCAAGCCUCGUUCCCUUAUCUGAGUGAACUGGAGGCUAUGUGCAAGUUUUUAUCCAAAUGGGCGGGAGGUUUUCGUAUGUGUGCAGCUGGGCAUAUCUCUAGGCACAGCACCCUGUGCUAGUUCCCUUAUCGGUGCCUGCAGCCUGAAUUCUUUCCCACGCUUCGUUUUAUGUUAUGUGGGGAUGAGGCACUGAGCCAUGGGCCGGGGGCAGUCUUUCUCCCUUACCCCCUCCCCAUCUUAGCUAUCUACCUAAGGCAAGCUAAGUCCUAACACAGUGGUGGGAGAGAUCCCUAGAGAGGGUGGAGCUUUGAGGUGGAAAACGCAGAGAUGGACCUCGCUCCCUGUCAAAAGCCUUAUUUCCUAAAUACUCAUAACUUUUAUUUAACGAGUCAACAUUAUGGAAUGUUUAUCGCAUAUGUUUUUUAAAUAUUGUAAAAUAAAUCACAAACAUCAUAACUUGUCACCUCUAGUUUCUAAUGCAUCUCUAAAAAUUAAGGCCAUUUCCCUACGUAACCACAAUAUUAUUAGCACACCCAACUAAGUGUAGGUGCUUCACCUAACACCUAGUUCAUGUUUAAAUCCUUCCACCUCCUGUUGUCCCACAGAUGUCUUUUACACCUGUUUGUACCAACUAGGAUCCAAUCAUAGACCACUCACUGCAUGUAGUUGUAAGUCUUAAUCUAGAGCAAUUUUACCCUUUGCCUCCCUUCCUCCCAUCCGGUUGCCUUGUUGAAAAGCAGGCUCCUCCAGUCAUCCUACAGAGCAUCCCCAUUUCUGUAUUUGACUGUUUGCUCACGGUAUUUAAGUUCUGCCUCAUUUUCUUGUCAUCGUAAUUGGUUAUCCUUUGGGAUUUAUUUUACAACACAGUGAAGGACAAUGGGGACACAUCAAACUGCACUGUUUCACUCUUUGCUGUAUGACACAUAAUAGACACUUAGUGAAAUGAAUUCCAUUGUGGAUUACAGGUGUCUUCUCCUAAGGAAGAUUAAAUCAGAAAACUUUAAAUCACAGUUAUCCUUUCACCUCAAGCCAGAGCAAGCCUUUUAAAUUAGUCCCAGGAAUGGCUUCAACAGAGGAACAGUACGAACUGAAGAUUGUGAAGGUGGAAGAAGACCCUUUCUGGGACCAAGAAACCUACCUUCGAGUGAACAACUUUUCUGGCCAAGAAGCCUCUCGACAACUUUUUAGGCAGUUUUGUUAUCAAGAGACUCUUGGUCCCCGAGAAGCUCUGAGCCGGCUCCGAGAACUCUGUCAUCAGUGGCUGAGGCCAGAAAUCCACACCAAAGAGCAAAUCUUGGAGCUGCUGGUGCUAGAGCAGUUCCUGACCAUCCUGCCUGCGGAGCUCCAGGCCUGGGUACGGGAGCACCAUCCAGAGAGUGGGGAGGAGGCUGUUGCUGUAGUUGAAGAUUUGGAACAAGAGCUUAGUGAGCCAGGGAACCAGGAUCCAGAUAAUGAACGUGGACGUUCAGAGGAUGUGGAGCAUCUGAAGAUCAAGCAGGAACCAGCAGACGUCCAGGUUCAGCCUACGGUGACACAGCUCAAAUGUGAAUCUUUUCACCUCCACCAAUUUCGAGAACAAGAUGGUGAAAGUAUACCUGAGAACCAGAAGCUGGCAUCAGAGCAAGAAAUCUUAAAAGAAAUGGAACAUUUGAGGGAUAGCAGACUCCAAAGAGAUGUAUCUUUGGAUUCUAAGCACAGAGAAACUUGUAAACAAGACUGCAGGGCAGAAAAGCAGCAGGAACAUUCCGCUGGAGAGAGACGCCACAGGUGCAAUGAAUGUGGUAAAAGCUUCACUAAGAGUUCAGUACUCACUGAGCACCAGAGAAUCCACACUGGGGAGAAGCCAUACGAAUGUGAAGAAUGUGGGAAGGCUUUUAGCCGGAGGUCAAGCUUGAAUGAACAUCGGCGGAGCCACACUGGAGAGAAACCCUACCAAUGUAAGGAGUGUGGGAAAGCCUUCAGUGCCAGCAAUGGCCUCACUAGACACAGAAGAAUCCACACAGGGGAAAAACCGUAUGAAUGCAAAGUGUGUGGGAAGGCUUUCCUCCUCAGCUCAUGCCUUGUCCAGCAUCAGAGGAUACACACUGGAGAGAAGCGCUAUCGGUGUAAUCAGUGUGGCAAAGCCUUCAUUCAGAACGCAGGGCUUUUCCAGCAUCUCCGAGUCCACACUGGCGAGAAACCGCAUCAGUGCAGUCAGUGCAGUAAAAUCUUUAGUAAGAAGGCACUUCUUAUGAAACAUCAGAGAAUCCACACGGGAGAGAGACCAUGAGUGUGAUGAGUGUGGGAAAGCCUUCGGUCGUCAUUGCAACCUUAUUAGGCAUUUUGGAAUCCAUACUGUUCCAGCAGAACUGGACUAAUUCUGCAGACCCUCGGACCCCUAAAUGGGACCAUCUUGGAAAGAAGAGUUUCGGGUGGCUUAUUCUGUUCCUGUAAGAUUUAUUUUUGCCUUGCAGUGAAUCACUUGUCUACAAACCAGGUGCUGGUGUCUCCACUGUGGAUGACUGAUUGUAGGGGUCGCUGGGUGGCCUUCUUAUUCCCUAUACUUUGGUUUGUUUGUAAUGAUUUCUUUUAAAGGGACCAAAUCUUAUUGGAAAUAAAUUGUUAGGGAGGGCCUGUUUUUGAUUAAUACUGAAUAUUGAACAAUUAAGAUCAGUAUAUUUGUAUACUUUUUAAAAAAGAUUGGCUAAGAUCAAAGGGUAUUCAGAGGUGCAUCUUUUUCUGUAAGAGUAACAUUUUAAACAAACUCAAGAUUUUUGGGUAUAAGAAUCACCCACAUUCCCAAAGGAAAUGAUUGCUAUGGUCUCCCCUAGGAAUGGGAUAGAAAUGCUUCUGUAAGCAGCAUUAUCCAUGGUAUGAAACCUGCAGUUUUAAUGGUUUAGAAAUCUAUGUCUCAUUUCAUAUCUAACUCAUGUUUUUGAUAUGAAUCCUCAAAAUAUGUUGAUAUCAUGUUAAUAUGAGUUAGAUAUGAAUCAUCAACAUAGUGUAUCAAAAUCUCAAUGCAGGUCAUUACUGUAGGUUUUCCAUUUUUGUUGCAAAUAAGUAAGAUGAUAUUUAAAACUCUCUAUUCCUUAGAGGGUGCCUCUUUAAUUCAUAGCCUUUAUGUCAGCAUUGUUCUUAUUUUAGGGGUUGGUCAGCAACUCUGAGUGCCACUGCAAGCAGCAUCAUUGAAGUGGUUCUGUAAGGAAAAGAAGUCUGAUAGCUUGGGCAGCGUGCUACUUACUGGGGAGACCAGCAUGCGCAAACAUUUAUUGUCAGGGUUUAACAUGUGCUCUGGCACCAAGUUCAAAUCCCACCUCCCCGUUUGUGAGCUGUGGGACUGUAGGCAACUUAUCUAAUUGCCACUGUGCUGUCAUCUCCCCAUUUGUAAAACAGGAUGAUACCAGUACCAUCCUCAUUAGGUGCGUAAGAUUAAAUAGACACAAACAUGGAAAGCACUUAAAAUGUAGCUCUUAAUAAAUGUGCAUUAUAUUUUACAUAAGAAAUAAUACCAUUUAACAAAUGUAGGUAGAAUUUUAAGUAUCAUGUUAAAAUUAGGAUAUGAAAUGCCUCUGCUGACAUUCUUGUUAUUCUUUUCUCCACAGUCAAAAUCUGAAUCAGAAUAUUUCAAAAGAGAGGAAAUAAAAGUUCAGCUUAAAACUAUUCUGCCCUAAA